AUGAACAUUCUUAAUGUGUCAAUUGCUUUGUGUCUUUACACUCUUUUAGCUUUUGUUUCAUCUGAUAGUCCAGAAGCAAUGAUAGAUCUCGUGACAAACUUUCCUGGCCAACCAAUAGUGAGCUUUAGACAUUACGCCGGUUAUGUCACGGUUAAUGAACCCAACGGUAGGGCUUUGUUUUAUUGGUUCUUCGAAGCUAUGACUCAUCCCAACGUGAAGCCUUUAGUACUAUGGCUCAAUGGAGGUCCUGGCUGUUCUUCUGUUGGAUACGGUGCAACACAAGAGAUUGGUCCAUUUCUCGUUGAUAACAAAGGAAACAAUAUUAAGUCCAACCCCUAUGCAUGGAAUAAAGAGGCCAACGUAUUGUUUCUUGAAUCUCCGGCUGGUGUUGGGUUUUCGUAUUCAAACACAAGUAGUGAUUAUAGAAAACUCGGCGAUGACUUUACAUCGAGGGACUCGUACGCUUUUCUCCAAAAGUGGUUUGUGAGAUUCCCAGCUUACAAAGAAAACAAGUUCUUUAUCGCAGGAGAGAGCUAUGCAGGAAAAUACAUACCCGAGCUUGCGGAGGUUAUUUACGACAAGAACAAGGAACACAAGGACAAUUUGUCACUUCACAUUAAUUUAAUGGGAAUUUUGCUUGGAAAUCCGUUGACAUCAUACGCGGAAGAUUGGACAGGAUGGGUGGAUUACGCGUGGAGCCACGCAGUGAUAUCAGAUGAGACAUAUAGAGUCAUAAAAAGGAGUUGCAAUUUCACAAGUGACACUACUUGGGAGGUUAAAGAUUGCAAAGAUGGUGUAGAUGAAAUACUCAAACAAUACAAAGAGAUCGAUCAGUUCAGUCUCUACACUCCUAUAUGCAUGCACCAUUCAUCAAAGCUUGAUUCCUACGCCAAUUCCAAGACGAUACCGAGGCUGUUCGAUGGAUUUGACCCGUGUAUGGACGAUUACGCAAAAGUAUUCUACAACCGAGCUGAUGUUCAGAAAGCUCUUCACGUGUCUGAUGGUGUUCAUCUCAAGAACUGGACAAUUUGCAACGGCGAUAUCCUAAACCAUUGGAACUGGACUGAUUCAAAACCAUCGGUGCUGCCUAUAUAUAAGAAACUAAUUGCUGGAGGAUUUAGAGUUUGGGUUUACAGUGGCGAUACUGACGGAAGAGUUCCCGUACUCUCGACAAGGUACUGCAUCAAUAAAUUGGAAUUACAAAUCAAGACAGCUUGGAGGCCAUGGUAUCAUGAGAAACAGGUAAGUGGAUGGUUUCAAGAAUACGAAGGUUUAACGUUUGCAACGUUUAGAGGAGCAGGACAUGAUGUGCCUUCCUUUAAACCUAGUGAAUCCCUCGCGUUUUUUUCUGCCUUCCUCAAUGGAGUUCCUCCUCCUUCAUCGCGACAGGCUUAG